UACAAAUGGCGGUCUUGGAGCGGUGCGGAAAUAACAAAUGUUCAAGUUAUCGAUAUUCUUUUGUCAGAUGAAUAUUCCCGGAGAAAAGUACCGCAUGGAAUUAAUCUGCACAUAUGUAUAUGCGAACAAGACAUAUAUUCAUCUAACAACAGGUCUCUCCAUGCCACUUACCUGUCUCUGACAUCCAUCAUUUUAAUGAUUAAUUAACAAUGAAGAGGUCCACAACAUCCACCAAUGCUUUGCUACAGAAGGUGUCAUCACAGCUGAAGGGAGACAUAAUCAGAAAACCAACAGAAGAAGAUGACCUUGAAGCCUAUAUCAAGGGUCUUACACAGAAGACUGCACAACAUAAGAAGUCAGUAAAUUUUGAAGACGUAGGUGAUAUAUCCAUUUCGAGUGAGUUGGAUACAAAUUCAUCUACCCACAGACAAAAAGCAGGCUCCUCUGUAGGGAGCAAAUUUCUGAAAAAGAAUACAGGACAAAAAUCUGUACCAGCUCCUCAGUCCAAAUUUUUGAAAAAACCUCAGACAUCUGCAGCAAGUCCAGUCCCAACUGUUUCUUCUCAGUCUCGCCCUGGAACUUCCAAGGGGCCACUUCAGCAGCAAGCUAAAGGUCCAGCAUAUGGACAGCCAAGAGUAGGUACACAAAAGUCUUCCUCUUUAGACAAGGCUGCAGCACUCACUCAGAAGAUUGCUGGAAGGCAGACUUUUGCCAACACCAAAAAUGUUUUUACUCUUGAGACAGACAGUGAAGACACAUUUUCCACCCCACGAGCAUCCAACCCUACACCAGGUAAAAAUAAAAGCAACAGGGUCUUAAGUCCUAGCCCUCGAUCUGUCUCUUCUGACAGUGUCAAGAUAGGGAGAGAUGGUGGCAAAUUCAUGAAAAAGAAACAACCUGCUGCAGAUGAAAAAUCUGUUCCACAAAGGGCAGAGACUAGUGGCAGAAAGAGCCCUGUUCCAAAAGCUAAACAGAUAGGGAAUAGCCAGAAACAAUCAGUAUCUCCAUUUCUGAAGAGUUCCCAGAGGUAUUCCACAGAUGUUGUGUUGUCAUCUGAGGAGGAGAGUUUGGCUGAGUUUAUAACUGGGCUUGACGCUGACUCAUCAGAAGAUGGAAGAAUCAAGGAAUACAUGAAAAGGAUCAAGCCAAAUGAAAAGCUGAAAACUCGAGUUCCAUCACCCCCUCCCAGGCGGACUCCUUCCCCAGAUGCUAAACCACCCACGGCAAUCCGAAGAACUCCUUCUCCACAGAACCAACGUAGGUCACCCUCCCCAAAAUUCCAUCGGCGGUCACCAUCUCCAGUGUUUCGAAGAUCAAGGUCAUCUGAUGAUUCUGUACUGUCAGAUUCCCUACAAAGCGAGGUUAUAGAGGAGAGAGAUGAGAGUGAUGGACAAAGCAUUAGUUCCGAGGAUGGAUUUAAAUUCAAUCUUAUGGAUGCCAAUUCAUUUGAGCCAGUAGUUUUUGAAACAAAAUCACGAAAGACAAGCAAAUCCCCUGUCCGGAGAAAGAUGACCAAAUCUCCAGUGGAACGAAAGUCAAGGGAGACAACUAAGACUGCAGGUAAAAAACAGAAACACCCAACAAAGAAACCCCUAAAAGAAAAGAAAAGUGAUGUAUUUAGUUCAUUUGGACUGCACACAGUAGAAGAGUUAUUGGGGGUUGGUGAUGUGUCUGAGGGUCGUGAUAUCAGUGAGGCAUCAGAAAUUAGAACAGAAUCUUCUCAGUCAGAGAUUCGUACAGAGAAAGAUGAACCUUUCAAAUCAGUGACAGAAAUCGUCUCGGAGAUACACACGAGAGAAUACAGUACUCAACGCAAAGACUCUUAUUCUGAGGACUUCGAACCAAGUAUUUCUGAAAGGAUUGGUAUGAGUUCUAAAUCGUACCGAAUAAAAUCAGCAUCUGAGAUACGGACACGACACAGUAGUGAAGGUACUGCUGAUGACUAUACAGAAGAAUUUGGUAGUGACACAGAGUCUAUAGCCACAAUAUCGAGGACCUCAGCGGGGCCACCAUCGGAGAUGACCAUCAGUGACAGCUACACCGACCAAUCAGGAUCCUAUAGUUAUGCCCCUGAGGUCAGGAAAUCGAGGACAGGACAUGUAAAGAUGAAGAAUGUGGAGGUACAGACAGCUGAACCAGGUCUCAAGUUCUCCUGGGAUUCUCGUUACUCGGGUAUGGCCGUGCCGGGACCAGAACUGGGGAUGGGAUUUGUUGAUCCCACACCGAUAGCUACACAUGUAGUUAGCCCGGAAACACUCGAAACCAUGACCGCUUACAGUCCGAGUAUGAUAGCUCUGCAUGACAUGUUACGCCAGCAGCUGGAGCUGACAAGGGAUUUCCUCAAGUCACAGAGAUAUAUGUACCAGUGUAUGAUGUCUAGUGUAGAUCAACGACAUAACUACACCACACUAGAGGAUACCAGACAGUAUAUACGCAAGCACAGAAAAAAGAGACUUUCCUUCAAAGAAGCUCUAAGGAUGGUUGAUGCAGAGAUGGAGAGAUAGCCAUGAUCUUCUGGAAAACAUUGUUAGAGAGCUAGAGGUCACCAUUUUACCCAGGAAAACUAAGCCGACACAGGACUUCCAGACCAGAAAAAAAAGCAUUAUCACUCCUCACAUGAUGUUUUAUAUGAACAAAGUAACAACAUUAAACAUAUUUGAUUCUUUGCACAUUUUACUGAAGAUUAUCUCAGGUUUCCAAAUCUUACAUGUUAGAAUUAUUCUGAGCCAGUAAGAAAUAGGUGCUGGAAUCACAUCACUGUCGCAACAUAACAUUCUCUCUCGAGUGUAACUUCUCUCUUGAUCGAUGGGGGGUAGUAAUAUAGAGAGAAAACUCUUGUGAGCCAUCAUUUAAAAAAGGACCUUGUGUCUGACUACAGUGUUGGUCUGAUGUCAGGGUGUAUGAAUACAGUGUCGGUCUGAUGUCAGGGUGUCUGACUACAGUGUCUGUCUGAUGUCAGGGUGUCUGACUACAGUGUCGGUCUGAUGUCAGGGUGUAUGACUACAGUGUCGGUCUGAUGUCAGGGUGUGUGAAUACAGUGUCUGUCUGAUGUCUGGGUGUCUGACUACAGUGUCAGUCUGAUGUCAGGGUGUGUGAAUACAGUGUCUGUCUGAUGUCAGGGUGUCUGACUACAGUGUCUGUCUGAUGUCAGGGUGUCUGACUACAGUGUCAGUCUGAUGUCAGGGUGUAUGAAUACAGUGUCGGUCUGAUGUCAGGGUGUAUGACUACAGUGUCGGUCUGAUGACAGGGUGUCUGACUACAGUGUCUGUCUGAUGUCACAUAUCUGUCAGUAUAAGAAGGUGUCUGACUACAGUGUCGGUCUAAUGUCACAUCUCUGUCAGUAUAUUGGAAAGUGUCAGACUACAGUGUCUGUCUGAUGUCAGGGUGUAUGACUACAGUGUCGGUCUGAUGUCAGGGUGUCUGACUACAGUGUCUGUCUGAUGUCACAUCUCUGUCAGUAUAAGAAGGUGUCUGACUACAGUAUCUGUCUGUCACAUCUCUGUCAGUAUAAGAAGGUGUCUGAUUACAGUGUCUGUCUGAGGUCACAUCUCUGUCAGCAUAAGAAGUUGUGUGACUGCAAUGUCGGUCUGAUGUCAGGGUGUCUGACUACAGUGUCUGUCUGAUGUCAGGGUGUCUGACUACAGUGUCUGUCUGAGGUCACAUCUCUGUCAGUAUAAGAAGUUGUCUGACUACAGUGUCUGUCUGAUGUCAGGGUGUCUGACUACAGUGUCUGUCUGAUGUCAGGAUGUCUGACUACAGUAUCUGUCUGAUGUCAGGGUGUCUGACUACAGUGUCUGUCUGAUGUCAGGGUGUCUGACUACAGUGUCUGUCUGAUGUCAGGAUGUCUGACUACAGUGUCAGUCUGAUGUCACAUCUCUCUCAGUAUAAGAAGGUGUCUGACUACAGUAUCUGUCUGAUGUCACUUCUCUGUCAGUAUUAGGUGUCUGACCAGACAGGGACACAUAAUUUUAAGAAUGACCAUGUGUCUCUGAUGACAUUAAUAUCAAUUCUUCAGUUCGUCUGUGAUUUGAUGUUUACCUAGUAAGAUAAGCUGACCUUGGGUAACUACAGUGUAUGUGGGAUAACAACCUCUAUCAAAGCCUACAAUAACUCGACUUGAGAAAGCUCAUUUUCCAUUAAUUUUGCAUGCUGUAAAUUCUCAUUUACAUCAUUUAACGUCAUUUUAUUUAGAUCGGCCACAUAUAGUGAACACAUUCUUUGAUACAGGUCACUAAUAUCGGUUAUCUUGUAUAAAAGAAUACAAAUUGAAAUGGUACACACAUUUUAUGUACAGGAUUGUAUAAAAAUGUGUUUUGGUGGUUUGAUUACACGCAAAGCCUAAAAAAUGAUACAUGUGUUACUACUCACGUGCCACCAAGGUAUAGGGUAGGUAGGUCGGGUGGUAGUUAGACAGAUGUCUCAAACCCUGUUACUAUAGUAUCAGCCAGCGGAUUUCCCGGCUUAGACAGAUUUAAUUAUCUCUGGAAUUGCAGACCUGUACUCUCAGUUCGCUUGUUGCCAAUGGAUGUUGUUCAAUUAAGUCUGUUCCUGAUUUAAGAUGAUUAUCAAGUGAUUGAGAAAGUCCAAAAUCUGUAGUAAACAGUCCUUUCAUUAUCAUUGGGAUUAUGAGGAUGCCCGGCACUGUACGAGUAUCUGUGAUAACAAUAUACAUGUAGAUGUUCAUGUAGUAUGACUAUAUUCUGUGAUAUUUUAAUGUAGUUUGAGUUCAUAUGUAAAUAAAUUUAUAUUCUAUAAAA